AUGGUCGACGUAAAACUGAUUGUGAUCAACACAUCAGUGGUUAUUCUAAUUCUGGGAACAGUUCUAAACCUGAUAUUUAUCUAUAUAAUAAGAAAUGGUACUCGAGGUACAAUUAGUAAUGCCUACAAGAAUAUAAUGUCAUGUUUCGCUGUCUUCAACAUUAUGUUCGCAGCAACGGAAUUCUUCGUUAAGCCGGUAAAAUGUUUUACUACUAUACCAUUAUAUUUAGUUGAUUUUCUUGUUAAGAGAAAUCAGAACGAAAUAUUCCCAUGGGGUCGAGCGUUACUCAGUGCUUUCAUCGGUAUGUAUGGGGCAAACACGGCUCUUUUGACUCUUCAUUUCGUGUACAGAUAUGUUGCCGUUUGCAGGUAUGUAGGUUCUUGUGCUUUCAUCUUUGGGUCUCUGAGAGGACAUUUAUUUGUACAGGAAAAAGUCGGAGACUUAUUGGUCAUUUAUUGGUCGAAUACAAUUGGUAUAUUUCUAACGCUGGCCAUGAUGGCGAUCACAUUUGCACUUAUGCUAGUAUGCGGUAUCGCUACGUAUAGAACGCUGAAGAAAUCCACCCUAAGCCCCAAAACGAAGGCGCUGCAGACACGCCUUUUAAAAGCACUAACAAUACAGGUAUUCUUUUCAUGGAGACAUUUCACAGUUUUCACUCAGGCUACAAUGCUAAUGUCGUACAAUUUCAGAUGGUAUUCAUUUACCCCACUAAUAGUGACGAUGUAUACGGUGCUAGAUCCGAUCGUCGUCAUGCUUUUCUUAUGUGACUAUAGAAAAACACUCAAGAGUCUCAGAAGAAAUGGGCGGUUCUUUCUUAAUACCGGACUGGGUGUUCUGGGAAAAGUUGCACCAACUGUAAGGUACGUAAUAGUUGCGACAUCAGAAAGUUCAGUAAAUUUGGCAGGAAGUGAUUGUCCUCUUCGUAGCAGUCUGACCUGA